UCCCGUCGUCGGGGCGGAUGUCGACGGUUUCCUCCCACCUGCUCUUCUUUUCUUCCGUUCACACAUACGUUCGCUUGACUCGCUCUUGGCAGCUAGUUCUUCUUUUUUCCGUUCUCUGUACCGUGGCUGGCCACCUUUUUUGUUGAAUUCACUUCUGCCGUAAAAUAUACUAUUUCUAAUCAUUUCUCGAGAGCCUGCGCCGACAUCGUCGAUUCCGAUUCGACCCGAUACCCUCCCUGUUCUUACACAGCAAGACCCCGAGUUCACACCCCUCACCCACCCUCCACCAUCGUCAUCAUGUACGCCUCGCGAUCAUCCCUCCUCGCCGGCCUCCUCUGGGCCCUGUUUGUCGCGCUCGAGGUAUCAGCGCUCGCCGUCGGCGGGGACGAGUCGUCUAAGACGGGCCUGCUACUAAGCCUGCGGCAGGCGGCGACGCCGGCGGCCGCCGCGAACGUGGCGUGCGCCGAGUACUCGCGCGUGGCGAACUACUCGGUCAUCGCGGGCAACUCGACGUACCGGGCCGCGUUCCAGCAGGCGUCGCCGCUCGGCACCUUCGAGUCGACCGCCAUCAUCGACGGCGCCGUCAAGAAGCUGCCCGAGUUCCAGUUCGACGGCCCCAUCAACGCCGCCUGCGGCAACCUCACCGAGGUCGCCAUCGCCGGCGCCGAGGCCAACUUCACCCGCGGCGUCGUCGCCGAGUUCAACAUCAACGCCGGCCCCCGCGCCGCCGCCGCCGCCCAGCUCGGCCUCGUCUUCUCCGUCGCUCUCGCCACUGUCGGCAUGCUCUCGCUCCUGUAAGGGGGACCUCCGAGAGGAGAGGAGAACGAGAGGGGGGAGCGGAGAAAAGGGGAGCCCGGAGUACGCCGCCCAAGCGAGCAAGAGAGGCAGGCGAAGGGAAGAGAGAAGGACGAGACAGGUAUCAUGCCUCGGUUCCUGCCGCCGAGCAGGUCGAUCCGGGCCGGGAUGGGACUGCAGUGCCUAUCGAGGACAGCCUCCCAAGCAUAGCGAGAAGGGCGAAAUAGAAUACCCACAAUAAUGAAUAUUUUUAACGGCCGUCUUAGUCGUGUGCGUGGUGUGUGAUUACACAGGAGGCUAUGUGACCAGUCGUUUCCAAAUGAGAGGGGCAGGUGUUUUCUCGUGACAGCAUCAGUUUCU